AUGCAUCGUUUAUAUAAGGACGAAGUCAGCGAGGAAACUAGUACUAAUGCUAAUAAAACCGAAAACCAUGAAUGUGCAUUUGAGCAAGCAUUUCAGCCUAUCGAAAUCAGGGAAGAGAACGAUGACAAUUUUGAAAAUCCUACACAAAUUGAAGAAAAUAGUUGCGCAACCAGUAACGCGUCAGAUUCCAAAAAAGAAAAGGAAAAGUUUAUGAAACCACAAACACCGAAGCGUAAAAAACAAUCUAAAACCGAUAGCGUGAAUGAUAGUCAAUUACAGGCCGCCUUAAAUUUUCCACAACAACCAGAUGAUCCAACUUUGCUAUAUACCCAACAUUUGGCUAAUAAACUAAGGCAGUUUUCAGGAAGAACAAGAGCUAUGAUUAAACACACUAUUAAUCAAAUUGUUUUUGAGGCAGAGAUGGGACACUAUGAUAACUCUCACUUCAGAACACAAGUACCAACUCCUGCUUUUUUUUCAAAUGCAGCGCAAGGGUCUCCUUGGUCAGCUCACAGUAAUAGUUCCUCGAAAUCUGCUCAACCAGAUGAACAAGCACAGGAGGAAGACAACCUACCUACUGUGCUGCAGCCUUUUAUUACAUUGUAG